UGCAAUUUGGUUUGCACAGUUCACGUGCUGGUCGCCGCGCAUUAUCUUAAAGCAGCCAUGGCUCAACCGGGGAGUCUAAACCUCAAUAACGAGGUUGUGAAGAUGCGAAAAGACGUGAAGAGAAUCCGAGUUCUGGUUAUCCGAAAACUUGUCCGGAGCGUUGGCAGACUCAAGUCAAAAAAGGGCACUGAAGAGGCACUGUUAAAAAACCAGAGACGGGCACAACGAUUACUUGAAGAAAUUCAUGCGAUGAAGGAAUUGAAACCUGAUAUAGUAACUAAAUCUGCUCUCGGUGAUGAUAUCAACUUCGAAAAAAUCUGCAAAAAGCCUGAUUCUACUGCAACUGAAAGGGCAAUUGCUAGACUAGCAGUGCAUCCUCUUCUGAAGAAAAAGAUAGAUGUGCUAAAAGCUGCUGUCAAAGCUUUUAAAGAUGCGAGACAAAAUGUUGUUGAAGUUAACUCGUCAAAGAAUGCUUCAGCAGGAAAUCCUUCCAAGGACACUUUGUGUUCAAAUGAUGAUGCCAGUAAGUUACAGCAUGAAGGAACUAUUGUCAGUGAGGAAAAAAUGAAAGAAGCCAAAAUAUUGGCAAAGAAACCAAUAAAUUCUAAAGAAAAAGUAACCAAGAUGGAACAUGGACUCAGUUCUGUAGACAUUCCUGCCUCUCCAUCCCAGCCUUCUGUAAGGGGUUCUGUACUUCCGUCUGAACCCCAGAAGACACCUGCCGGCCCAAAAAUGAAAACAGUAAAUAAAACCAAAAAAAGGAAAAGGUCUAGGAGGUCCCUUGGUGGUGACAGUGAUGGAGAAGAAUCACAGGAGGAAGAAAAGGAGUAUUUUGAUGAUAGCACAGAAGAAAGGUUUUACAAACAGUCUUCAGUGUCUGAGGAUAGUGACAGCGGUGAUGACUUCUUCAUUGGGAAAGUCAGACGGACACGAAAGAAGGAAAGUAGUUGCCCUUCUUCAGUUAAGGAACAAAACCCCCCCAAGAAAGCAUUGACUGAAGAGGAUGUACUUGAAACCUCUCAGAGUAUAAGAAAUGACAGAAACAUACCACGUACAGAAUUAAGGAAGUUUGAGUCAGUGUUUUUCCAUUCUUUAUCUGGAUCUAAAAGCUCUGGAAGAGAACAGGCUCCAAAAAGCAAAACCCCAGGUUUUCGGCAAAAUGAACCUCAGCUCAAGAAUCUGUUUAACAAGAGUGCACCGAGAGGACUUGAAAACUCAAAACAGCAGUCACAGCUGCCCCUUCAUCCUUCAUGGGAAGCGAGCCGGAGGCGGAAAGAACAGCAAUCGAAAAUUGCUGUGUUUCAGGGGAAAAAAAUUACAUUUGAUGAUUGAUGAGGACCUCUUUCUGUGAAGCAGCCUGUUGUUCAAGUUAUGUUUACAUAAGCCAUCCAAAAAAUCAAGUACAUACUUAACUUGCUUUUUAAUAAUAUCCCCACACUCUUCCCUCCACGCGAGAAUUCUGGAAUCCCAGCUCCUCAGACUUGGUCACGUGCACUUAUGAAGGGAAUUCCACAAGAGUAGCUCUUGUUUCUUGCCGUGAAUAUGAAUGUUGACGAGAUACACUUAAAAUAACAGUGGAGAAUAGGAGGAAAUUGUAAUUAUUUAAAAUAGAUCACCUUUCCUAAAACUUACUCUUAGAAAACGAAGAUAGUCCCUUUUAUUAUGGGUAUGAAGAUAAUAACUUACAAAAAUAAAUGUUAAUUUUUAUUAUACUUCUAAUGA